UUGUCUGUCGUCCGUCUGUUUGUAAACUUUCACAUUUUCGACUUCUUCUCCAGAACCACUGCGCCAAACUUGGCAAAAAGGACCCUUUGGGCAAGGGGAUUCAAGUUUGUUCAAUUGAAGGGCAAUGCUUUUCUCCCAGGGGAGAAAAUAAUGAAAUAGCAAAAAUACACUGAAAUUUUUUUAAGAUCUGCUUCUCCAGAAUCACUAGGCCAAUUUCAACCAAACUUGGCACACAACAUCCUUGGGUGAAGGGGAUUCAAGUUUGUUAGAUGAAGGGUCAGACCCCUUUGAAAGGGGAGAUAAUCACAAAAUUGCAAAAAUAGGGUGAGAUCAUUAAAAAAUCUUUUCAAGAACCACUGGACCAAAAGAGCUAAAGUUUACAUGAAAACUUCUUGACAUAGUGCAGAUUCAAGUAUGUUAAAACCAUGACCCCUGGGGGUAGGUUGGGGCCACAAUAGAGGAUCAAAGUUUUACAUGUGAAUAUAUAGGUAAAAUCUUUGAAAAUCUUCUUCUCAAGAACCACUGAGCCAGAAAAGUUUACAUUUACAUGUAAGCUUCCUCACAUAGUACAUAUUCAAGUUUCUUAAAAUCAUAGCCCCCAGGGAGAGGGUGGGGCCACAAUAGGGGAUCCAAGUUUUACAUACAAAUAUAGAGGGAAAUUCUUUAAGAAUCUUCUUCUGAAAAAAUCACUGGGCCAGAAAGGUUUACAUUUAUAUGAAAGCUUCCCAAUAUAGUGCAGAUUCAAGUUUGUUAAAAUUAUGCCCCCCCCCCCCCUUUUCCAGGGAAGGAUUGGGCCACAAUAAGGGAUCAAAAUUUUACGUACAAAUAUUUAGGGAAAAUCUUUAAAAAUCUUCUCAUCAAAAACCAUUGGACCAAAGAAUUUUACAUUUACAUGAAAGCUUCCUGACAUAGUGCAGAUUCAAGUUUGCAAAAAUCAUGGCCCCUGUGUGUAAGUUGGGGACACAAUAGGGAUCAAAGUUUUACAUACAAAUAUAGAAGGAAAAUCUUUUAAUAUGUUGGGCCAAGGUAACUCAGGUGAGCAAUGUGGCCCAUGGGCCACUUGUUAUUAGAUGCACAUGGUUUGUUGACUUGAACUGUUAACAAUUCAGAGUAAUUGCAAAAAUGUAUCAACAUAUCCACUAGUUUAAAAGAAAACAUACCCAAUAUCCUAAUUAAUAAUCAAUAAUUACAAUUUUUUUCAUGUUUCUGUUCUUCAUCACAUUUAAUAAAUUCUGUAUUUCAUCAUCUGUCAAAUCAGUGAAUCUCGCCAUUACGUAAACAAAGCAGCAGAUCAAGAAUCAUGUGACUUGUGUAGCCAUGAAUAGAAAUGAAGCAGACUAUUGCCUGGUCAACAGUUCGUACGAGUUUGAGAGAUGAUUUAACAGUUAAAAUGUUGGUUCUAAAUUGUAUUCAUUUUAUAUAUGAAAAAAAAAUGAAGGUGUAUAACUAUACAGUCUAUUCAAUCUGUAACUUCAGAUUCCCUUAAAUACACACAGAAAAAAUGUUGUCUGAUGAAUACAAAAUCAAACUUUAGAACAGUUCUCUUUACUCCCUGCAUGUUAAGUCAAAUCACAAACACAGCAAUUCACUCUGAUUUACACACUUUCAUUAAAAUUCACAGACCUAACAGAUCGUGUCAAAGUCAACAAUUUCCGUGCACUGGGUCUUUUGGAUGAGUCCUGUGCCAAGGCAGAUGUUGGUUCAAUAAGAACAUCACAGCUACAGCCCUGAGUGCCAUGCAUAAGGCAAAGUGGCAUAUCAUCUACAGCUGUUGUGAUGACAAGCUUGAUCAGUUACCUCAAUGAGUGUCUCACAGAAUCAGGCUUCCGGGGAACUGUUGCUGCCAUCAUGUAUGGAACCUGUUCUGUUUCCAUGGCAUUUAUAAACAAAACAUUGAUGACAUCCUUUGAAUUUGAUUACCCAGUCUUCAUCAUGGUGACUCAGAUGCUGUUUACCAUUACACUCUUGGAGGUUUUAUCAUUCAUGAGUCUCAUUGAAAUGCCCAGAUACACCUUGCAGCGUGGGAAAUCGUUUGCAUUGCCUGCCUUGUUUUAUGGAAUUAACUCCGUUUUAGGAUUGAGUGCCCUCAGUCACAUGAACAUUGCCAUGUAUGGUGUUCUCAAAAGAUGUGUACCCCUUGUAACUAUGUUCUUAGCUGUAGCCGUAUUGAAAAAACCUGUUCCGACCAAAGCAACAAUUUUGUCAGUCUGUGUUCUGACUAUGGGUUGCAUUAUUGCAGGUUAUGGAGAUCUGAAAUUUAACUGGCUGGCGUAUGUGUGUGGAGGAUUGAGUAACCUUUCUCAAUCUCUUUAUCUUCUGCUUGUUCAGAGAUACUGUGAGAAAGACAUUAGUACUGUGGAAACUCUUCAGCUGAACAGUGUCAACACACUACCAUUUCUAACCAUGUACAUGUUUCUUAAUGGUGAAGUAUUUAUGGUCACUAAAUACAGUCCCGAACAACCUAUAUCCUUUUUUGUGAUUUUCAUCUUUGCUGUGAGCAUGGGUUGUCUCCUAAAUUACACAUUAUUUCUGUGUACAAGUUUAACCUCUGCAUUGACUACAAGCGUUGUUGGAGGACUUAAGGCUAUGGUGCAGACUUUGUUUGGAUUAUUUACUUUUGGGGGCAUUAGCCACAACUUGCCCACCUAUAUCGGUAUAUCAAUGAACUUGUCAGGAGGUGUGUGGUACAUUUAUGAGAAGUAUGCCGAGGGCCAAAGAUCUGGUACAGGAUCAAAUGUAAUGAAAAAGAUAACCAGUCUCUCAACUGCAGAAGAUUUUCACAAACUCAAGACACAGCAAUCCUCAGUUGCUAAUGGUGUGAAAUUGACAUCUCAUUCUAAUUUACAGUCCAUAUCAGAAGAAAUUCAUGAAAGACAUCAUCAAUCACAUUCCAAUGACACUGUUAUCUCAUUUGAUCAAAAAAAUUGAUACAUGUGUACCAUUUUUGUGUUUAUUUAUUGAGAUUCCAUGCACAAAAGAUCUGCAUAAAAUGUUGAUAUUAACUUAUCAAAUAUUCAGUAUUGUUCCUUCCUCUCUUGAAAAUCAGAUAAAUGUAACUCUUAUGAUCUGUUAAUGUUCAGUUCUUUUGCUUUGACUAAUAUGUAGUUCACCUGAGCUUUUCUGAUUGAAAUUUGGUCAGUCAUCCAUCUGUCGUCUGUAAAUAAAUUUCACAUUUUCAACCUCUUCUCAAGAGCACAUUGCCAAUUUCAACCAAACUUGGCACAACUAAAGCAUCAAGAUUGUAGUUUUUUAAGAGAAGAACCAUGCCCCUUUUCAAAGGGAGAUGAUUACAAAAUAGUAAAAAUAAGGUUAAUAUUGUUUAAAUUUUUUUUCUCAGAAACCACUGCACCAAGAAAGCUACAACUUGCAUAGGAGCUUCAUUAUAAAAUUCAAUAUCAUUCAAACCAUAAUCCCCGUAACUGGGGUUAAGGUCACUGUAAGAGUUCAAAGUUUUAUAAAAGUAAGAAAAGAAUAAAGAUAAUUUCUAUGCUAAAAAAACCUUCUUUUCAGAACCAUAAGGGUAUAAUAUUUCCAAUUAAUAUGCAAAUUAUCCUCAUAUACUUUAGUUUAAAGUUUGUUCUCACCGUGAACCCUGGGAACUUGAUUAAGAGGAUUUAAAAUUUUAUAUAGGAGUACAUAAGAAAAUUCUUCUCAAAUCUUUUCCACCAAGAACAGCAUGCACAUUUUAGUUGAUAUAUAUACAAGCAUCCUCAUGUAGUAGAGAUUCAUAUUUGUUUACAACAUGACCCCUGGGCUCAAGGAGGGCCACAGUAGAGGUUCAACAUUUUAUAUGCAUAUAGGAACAUACUGUAGCGGACAGUUUAAGAGGGAACUUCUACUGUCUUGCUAGUGAGCUAGCUUUAUGUAUAGUCUCUUCGGAGUUCUUGGUAUGGGCAUGGUUUCGUCUGGGGACGAUGGUGGUUGUCGUCAGGAAUGGCAGAUGGCAUUGCUGACCAGGUGCCAAAUACUCAGAGAGGACUCGCGCUAAGCUUCAGGGCGAAACUUCCCCGAGUGGGAGAAAGUGUAGCAGACAGUAUAUAGGGAACUUAUACUGCCUUGCUAGUGAGCUAGCUUUUCUAGUGAUGUGGUAGAGUCUCUCUCUUGAUCAUGCAAGUUAAACAACGGUGAGCAUGAUCAGCAUUUGGCUGGGUGACCACUACAUGUUACAAAACUGAGGGAAAUUCAUUGAAAAUUUUGUACUUAAAAACUAUUAGGGUAUAAUUUUGAAUAAGAUAUGCAUGCCUCCGUAAGUAUUGUAGAUUCACAUCAUGAUCCAUGUGGCAAGGGUGAGGCCAUAUUUGGUUUUUGACUUACGUGAGAAAAUGCAACUGCUCAGGUGAGCAAUUGGGCUUUUGUUUAAAGAUUUUUUUUAUUUAUGAGAUGUGCAUUUGACAUAACUGCAUAUUCUGUAGUUUUUCCUGAAGAUACCAAAUUUUGCUGUUUGUAUGAAUUUUUUUUUAAUGUAUUACAAGUAUUUUUAUAUUCAUUUCAUUACUAACUCUAAUGAAUGUCUUAAAAUGAACUUAUUCAACAUGUUUAUGUAUAUUUUUAUUUCAUUUUAAUAAUUAGUGUAAACAAAGGGAAAGGUUAUUGUUUAAAAAAUGUUCUCUAAGGGAAACAUUUUACCCGUAAUAAAGAUAUUUGGUUGCCAUGAGAA